AUGCCCACCGAUGCUUCCGGCAUCCUCACCGUGGUCGAAGCCACUGAAGACAUGAACGCCACCAUUCUAAGCGUGUCUCUGCCGGGCAAUACCUUGACCACCGUCAUCUACCCCAUGGCUGGCGGGUUUGACAAGGCCUCGGCGCUCAACACUUCAAGCUCACUUCGUGGAGCAGCCUUUGCCGCAGACGAAGUGGCAGGAGGCGUCCUCGACACGCAGCCAAACGGCCUCAAGAGCUUCUUCACAGCAGUGGGCGAUUUCUUCCGCCAGGUCGGAAAGGUAUUCAAGGACGUCGUCAAGUUCGUCAAAGAGGCCGCCGAAAAGGUCUGGAAGUUUGUCGUCCAAAUCGGAGAAGUAGUCUUGAACGCCGUGGUUGAAACGGUCAAUGCCGUCGUCGACGGAGUGAAAUGGGUCUUUGAUGUUCUCAAAACGGGCUGGGACUACGUUGUCUGUCAACUGCGAGAUUGGGCUGGCAUCUCGGACUGGUCCUCUCUGGGCGAUGUGGCUGGGAAGCCGCCUGCCGAUAGCGGCCAAGAUCCUUCCAAGGGGCUUGACGGAACUUCGCUGCUAUUUGCCAAUCACUAUCGUAACCUUAUCCAAAUCCUCUUGGACGCCAUUUCCGACCAAGGAGAAGUUCUGUCACAGGUUUUCGACGACCUCCAGGAACUGCUAAAGAAGGUUGCUAAGUUCAGUGUUACUGAGAUUCUCAAAGGCAUUGCUGGUAUCAUAGGCAGCGCGGCGUUAUCCUCGGUCAAGGUGGUGGUCGAUGCCUUGUUCCGUGUAUUGAUUAGUCUUGCGGAUUCGGCGAUUAGUCUCUUGGAUGCCAAACUCCACAUCCCCAUCAUCUCAGAUAUCCUCAACGCGAUUGGGGUUCCUGAUAUUUCCAUCUUGGAUCUCUUCUGCUGGAUUGCUGCCGUCGGUUACACCGUCCUUUACAAGGUCAUUCAAGGCAAGGCGCCGUUCCCGGAUACCAGCGACGUCAGAGCCAUGAUUGCGGCCAAAUCCUGGCCAGAACUGCAAUCGGUCUUCUCCAAGAAGCCUGCGGCCAUCAUGGACGGUCCCCUCGACGGUCUCUCGGACAUUGAACGGCUAAUGCACGUCACUGGGCAUAGUGUCUCAGGCUUCUUCUUAUUCGCAACAAAUUUUCUCGCCGGUUUCGAAGCCGCCUUGCCGUCGGGAGAUAAUUCGUUCGCCAUGCCUUCAGGUAUCGUGGGCCUGAUUGUCUUUGCAACUGAAGCCGUGGCCGCAAACGUUGCGCCUCGGUAUCCCGUCGAGAAUGAGGCCGUGGGGGCGUGGUUCAAGGCCUCCAGCAGCAAGUUUGCGUGGCUGAUGCUCAACGACGGGCGGGCGGUUGGUGCCAUUAUCGACUCGAUCCUCACGAUACCAACGCUGUGUUGUGCCGGUUACCACUUCUUUGAGCUGAGCAAGAAACCCGCCGGCCAGGAGCGCUCGGCGGCGAUUAUCGGUGAGGUUUACAAUAUUGCAUCGUGCACGGCGACCAUUUCGUAUGCGGUGACGGUCAACUUGAAGGGCCCCAUUACCAAGCCGAUACCCAUUGCCAUCAUGGCUCUUGCUAAUGUAACCGGUGCUGGACUGCAAACAGCCACUUUUUAA